GCCUAAUAUGUCAUGUGCUAAGCUUCUCUUUUUUUCUCCCUCUCUCUCCUAAUAAUUUAUUCCAAAUUUCACAUUGAACAAACCUCUAGCAUGGUAAAUGCUUCGGCCUUCACCGAUUUCACUGUCCAACACAUGAUAUUCUUGAUCCUCUCCCUGCUUUAUUCACGCAUGGGAGUGUGUGAGGGAUCCAGAGCCACAACAUCCAUACCUUUCAAUCAGUAACACCCCACAGCCAAUAGCAGUAAAUCAAUCCCAACUUUUCCUUCAUUUCUCAUAAAAUCAGGUAUGUCUUGAAAUUCACGCUUCUAAUCCUCCCAGUUCUGGCAUUUCCCAUGUGCUCAAGCAACAUUUACCUUGCUCUUUUUUUAACGUCUCGGGCCUUCCCAAAUUCUCCGAUCACGCUGUCUUGGUUUAAAGGUUUAAAAACAUCGCUGAUUUGAAUAAAAGCAAAUCAAACCAUUUUCAAGGUGGUACAAGUUUUAAGCUAGAGACAGGGAGGUAGGGAGGGAAAUGAAGCAGUGUAAGAUCACUGUGUUUCUAAAAGACCUGUCCAUACGUUUUAGAAAAGAAGUAAGAGAAGGCAGUCUUCAAGCUACAACCACUGUAGUUUUAUGUUUGUCAAUGGUUUCAUUUGUUGUGAUUCUUGCAAUGUUUAUAAAUAAUAAUGUCAAGAAAUAUCUGUUAUCCGAAGAUUAUUCUUACUAUCAGUUGGCUACUUUUACCCCUCUAUCAUCUGGGUCUCCAUGUCCAUAUUUUCUUUGCAACUCUUUUUUAUCUCCUCCUUCCUUGCAACCAUCGCAAUUUCCAAUCACAAGCUUGAGAGACUGGGUAACUCCAAAGGAACUGUGUCAUUCUAUGAAUGACAAGGAGCUAUUAUGGCGAGCCUCAAUGGUGCCACAUAUUGAUGAAUACCCUUACAAUCGUACACCAAAGGUUGCAUUCAUGUUCUUGACCAGAGGGAGUCUGCCUUUGGCCCCACUUUGGGAAAUGUUCUUCAAGGGACACGAAGGUCUCUACUCAAUCUACCUCCACAAGUCACCGGAAUUCACAAAUCGACACCCUGAAUCAUCAGUCUUCUACCAGCGUCAGAUACCAAGCAAGCCAGCUGAAUGGGGGAGAGCAACUAUGAUAGAUGCUGAGAGACGUUUAUUGGCCAAUGCUCUACUCGAUUUCUCCAAUGAAAGAUUUGUACUGCUCUCCGAGACUUGCAUUCCAGUAUUCAAUUUCAGCACAAUCUACAACUACCUUAUGAACUCAAACCAAAGCUUCCUAGGUUCAUUUGAUGACCCAAGACACAUGGGGCGUGGUCGAUACAACAAGAGAAUGCGGCCAACCGUGACAUUAUCUGAUUGGCGUAAAGGUUCCCAGUGGUUUGAAGCUCACCGCAAGGUUGCGAUCGAGAUGAUAUCUGAUGUGAAAUACUAUCCUGUUUUUAGAGAUCAUUGCAGGCCUCCGUGUUACAUGGAUGAGCACUACUUCCCAACUCUAGUAACCAAAAUUUCCCCUGAGCUGAACUCAAAUAGGAGCAUCACAUGGGUUGAUUGGUCUGGUGGUGGAUCUCACCCCGCAAGAUUUGUGAGAAAGGAUGUCUCUGAAGCAUUCUUGAAUCAGAUCAGGAAUGGGUUUAAUUGUACAUAUAACGGUGGCAUCACCACAGUUUGCUUCCUUUUUGCAAGGAAGUUUCAUCCAAGUACUCUAGACCCUUUGCUAAGGAUAGCUCCAGGAUUGCUUGGUUUUCGCUCUUAAUUAGAAACCUCAAGAUGUCUAGCUAUUUUAAGAGCAAUUAAUACAAUUCGAUCAAGCAGCAAAACUAGUGAGAUGAUUUUAAUUAUAACAAA